AAGUCAUUCUGAAGAAUCACAUCAUGGAAAUCAUGAUACGCAACGCUCUCUGUGAUAAUUUUGAUUGGCCAACGAAAGACGAUUCAACAUGGAGUACGUAGAUACUGCACAAAAUGACAAUGAUAGUCGUUGCAAUUCGUCACCUUCUCCGGAACUCGUAUCGAAUCUGAAAUCUAUUGAAAAUUCAGCAACAAAUACAAAGGAAUUAACAGAAGAGCACGAUGGAAACAUUAACAAAUUGCAAGAUACAGCUGCGACUACCUUGCAAGAACCAUCUAUGGAAAAUAUAAAUUUUACAGUGAUUUACAACAAACAGAAAAUUAGUGUGAAUUUUGCUUUAGACAGCACAGUAGCUGAGCUAAAGAUGUAUUUACAAAAAAUUAUCUCAGUACCACAAGCAAUGCAGAAAGUUAUGUUUAAAGGAUUAGCCAAAGAUGAUCAGACUCUUAGAAAUUUGGGAGUGACAAAAGGUGCCAAAGUCAUGAUAGUUGGAUCAAAAUUAGAUGAUGUAUUGGCUGUGUCCAUUCCAACGAAACAAGAUCUCAUCGAUGAAGCUGUUUCUUCAGUGAGCAAGGAAUCUCUUUCACAACAAAAAGUACAUAGAAAAGUCUUAGAUAAAGGUAUUCCAGAGGAUGUAAUGCCAGGAAUACUAGAUAGCAAGGAACCUUUGCCUGAAUUUCCACUUGCUGGAAUGUUGAACAAAUCUGGAGGAAAGGUCAGAUUAACGUUUAAAUUGGAACAAGAUCAGCUUUGGAUUGGUACGAAAGAAAGAACGGAUAAAAUACCUAUGAAUUCGAUAAAAGGUAUUCAUAGUGAACCAAUUCACGAUCAUCCCGAGUAUCAUAUUAUGGCGAUACAAUUAGGCACUACAGAAGCAUCGAGGUACUGGAUAUAUUGGGUUCCUGCACAGUACAUAUCUGCUAUUAAAGACGCCAUUCUUGGCAAGUGGUGUUACUUCUGAUUGAUAGUCGUUGAAGAUUUUGUUUUCUGGAUAAGCAAAGCUUAAUCAGGUGUAAACAUUGACACAAAUGCUGCUGUUACAUUAAUGCGAAAACUGUCAGCUAGUCACACAUUUUUAACAGUAAGUAAUAAUUUAUUUUGAGUUGCAUUAUAUAUCAUCAAGAUUACAUUAUAUAUCACGAUAAAUAUAGUCUACCCCGCUAAAAAAAUAUUAGGUGACUAGUCUUGAUUUAUUGGGAUGAAGAAUACAUUAUGCCCAUGUUAUAUAUUGUCAAAGUCAAGAUUUAAGUAUACCCCAAAUUUUCUAUACAAUUAAACGCUCGUAAAUUAGACAGUUUUUUUACAUGAGAACUGUGAUUAAUAGAACUUCCAAGAUUAAUAAUGUGUUGUGAGAAUAUAUAUGCUUGAGUGCGAUUUUUCUUCUUUUUUAACUUGUCACAGUGUCAUCAUGUGUCUACAAGUUUCUGAUAAUCUACAAAUUUUAUUAAAAAUUUUUAAAGAAAGUAAUAGAUCUGAUCUGUUUGUAAAUUUUUUG